CCCGGGCGGCUGCAGAAGAAGGAAGGAAGGGAGGAAGGGAAGGAUGGCCGAGGAGGAGGCUGCCGUUUUCUCGUCCGAAUCCGAGGAUGGCGGGAGCUCUGGCCGUUGUCCGCGGCGGAGGCGGCCAGGGGGCCAGCGACCACGGAAGGGCCGGGGGCUGCGGGGCCCCGUGGUGGAGGUUAUUGAUUUGACUGGUGAUGACUACGUUAUUGUGAGAACAGCAGCAUACAGUGACUUUGAUGUAGUCGAUCUGACAGAGGCUGAAGAAACAAUAGUCAGCCCUCUUCAUGAUAUUGGCUACGCCACUCGAGACUUAAAGCACUCUACUCCAAUCAGUCUGCGUUCUGCGGGCUCUCCUAAAAUCCCCACUACAACAGACCCUGAGAUCCAACUUGAAGAGCCUAUUGGCACUUGGAAUGGAGACUCUGUCCUGAUUUCUACCAAGAAAGAGACAGUGGAAAAGCCCUGCUUCCAAAGCAGCAGUUUCUCCAUCACCACUACCUGUGGUACGGACUUGGAAAGCAUCAGCCACACCACUUAUAAUAGUGAUUUAGGUUCCUUGGGAAGUCCUCAACUGGACUCAGAUGCUUUCUCCUUUUCUUCAGCCAACGAAGACAGUGAGUGCCAAGCAUCCUGGGAAUGUGUGGAAGAUCCUCCCAAUCCUUGCCCACUUGGUAGAGCUUCCACUCACCAGCCCUCACCACUAUUUCAGAGGCAUUGCCCAAGUCCUCCCUCCUGCUGCUCUCCUAUGGAUGUUUCCCCAUCACAAGCAGAAACUGACCAACCUUUGCUAGAGGCAAAGAACCCAGCACCAAGUGCUGUGACAUUGAAUGUUCAGCAACCGGCUGAAAAGAUUGACAUCAAGGUCUGGUUGAAAACAUUGCAGUAUUUCAAGGGGGUGCCUAUCCAUCAUCCCUUUCUCCAAAAUGUGGUGCAGCACAUAGCACAGAACAAGCAGUUGAAAGUAAAUCCUAUUCCAUGUCGGAGACUGAGCAUGGUGUCCAGCACUAUCGAAGAGAAUUUCUUCCCUGGAACCUUGGACUUCCUUAUGGAUUAUGUGUCCUCCCAGCACUAUCCUCCAAAAGAGGUUACCUCCUAUGUAGUGAGGAACAUCCUGCUAAGCACAAAGCAUGAAGACAUGCAAGAAAAGAUACACAAGGAUGCUUACUUGUUGUUGGUGAAAAUUCAAGCGCUUCAUCCAGCAAAGGUUGACACUGUGGUGUGGGAUUGGCCACUGCUACGUGAAGUCAUGGAAGAUGAGGAAGGAAAAUUUCCUGGACGACUCCUGUUCUUGCAGUACGUGAUCCAAACCUUAGUAGAUGACUUUGAAAGAACAAUCAAAAUUGGCCUUCUGCACAAAUCCAUUGCUAAGGCGGUGCUUUCUUGUGACGACUGCUCCAGCAACAUAAAGGAAGUGACUGAAUGGUUAAUAUGUGCAGUCACUGGAGUAAGGCUUUCCCAAUACAAAAGAAAUUUGCAGAGGACAAGAAGUCCUUCAUUAGAAACAUUCCAGGAUGAAAGCAGCAGCUCCAUGCCAGACCUGCACUUAGGCCAGACUUCACAAAGAAAUGACAACUCUUCACAAUGGCAGACCAAAAAGGAAAUAGCACUUUUCCAGAAGAUGCUUUCUAUAGCAGUUGAAGUGCACAAGUUUCCAAACUGCAGUGCCACCAAGAUUGCAGAUAUGGUAUUUUCCUCAGUGAUGAACAUUCCUAAGCGCUGCCAGAGAGAAGCCUUCCUAAGCAGUAUGGAAUGCGAUCUCCUGAGAUGCAAAGUGUUGGAGCUCAUUUUCCAGCAUAGCACAAUUCCCACUGAUGAUCCCUUGUCUUUGAGGAUGAUUUUACAUUUUAUGCAAAGCUUUUCUCUGCCUGUAAUGUACCAGGACAAUGAAGCAAUUUGGCAGGGAUGGGAUGAGAUGCUUUACCACUUGAAUUUAUUGUUGCAGAGUUAUCGCAACACAGUCGUAGAUCACUUAAAAAUCCCAAUCUGUGAGCGAAUGAAUUUAAUUAUCAAGGAUGCUAAACCCAAACUACAGUCAAAGGAUUGUAUUAAAGAAAGUGAUGUAAAGUGCAGAGUUGAAAACUUCAAAAAGCAUCUUUCUGAAACUAUUGGGCAGCCAAUUCCCUCACCCAUCAAGGAAAAGCUCGAGCUACUUCAGGUACUGCUUCUUACUGCUCUGGAUAUUUAAAAGGAUGACCGCUGGACAGCUAAAAAAAGAGCUUUUUUCAAGCAGAAGCAAUGGGGAUUCAAAUAGUGCUCAAAAAAGAAUAGUGAGUCCCACCCCCAUUUUGUAUUAUUAUGGGACUGUUAAAGCAAUUUAAUGUCUUCUUUUUUAAAUUUAAGUUGUUCUAAGGUUUGUCACUCUGCUUUUGUUUUCAUGUGGAUUUUGUACUGCUUUUGUAGUAAAUUAUUUUACUAGUCAUAGAGUGGGAUGAGUUUUUUUUUAAAAAAAGUAUGUGUAUCAAUACCUCGGAAAUUGUGAGCCUGUACAUCAAUCCCCUUGAGUUUAAUACUGCAGAAUAAACAUUCAUGCCCCCAG